ACUUGACGACAGCACCGUACGUCGUCACCGGCCCAUACACAUACCUUUACACAGGUACACAGGUACAUACACAACACCUCCAGGUCAGCAUGCUCUUGGGUGCGGUGCGUGCGGCUGUGGCCGGGCGGUUGGCAACAGGACCGGUGGGAGGCGUUCGUGCCGCGUCAGCAGCAGCCAAGGCGCUGAGCGGUGCAGGCGGGAGCGGGGCGACGAGCGGGACCGAGAGCGGGACGGCGAGCAGGCUGAGUGGCAAGGGAUCGGCGCGGCUGGAUGAGUUUGCAGCGCGGUUGGAGGCAGAGGCACCGAUGCUGGACGCUUUUCUGGGAACACCGCGUGGAGGAGUGACCAUGCCCGAGCCGCGGCCGCGGAGGAAGCGCGGGUUUGUGGAGAGGGAGCCCAAGCCCGAGUGGCUGAAGCGGGACAUGCCGCGUGGCGCCAACUACAAGCGGCUGAAGAACUCGCUCGACGGUCUUGAUCUCAACACGGUGUGCGAGGAGGCCAAGUGUCCGAACAUCGGCGAGUGCUGGGGCGGAAAGGACGGGACGGCGACGGCGACCAUCAUGCUGCUGGGCGAUACUUGCACCCGUGCCUGCCGCUUCUGCGCCAUCAAGACGUCCAACACCCCGCCGCCGCCUGACGCCGACGAGCCGUACAAGGUUGCCAAGGCCGUGACCGAUUGGGGCCUCGACUACGUCGUUCUCACCUCGGUCGACCGCGACGACCUUCCCGACGGUGGCUCGGGCCACUUUGCGCAAACCAUCGCGCAUCUCAAGUCGCUCGACUCGGAGCUGACUGUCGAGGCGCUGGUUUCGGACUUUGCUGGCGACCUCGAAGCCGUCGCCCGUGUCGCCGAGUCUGGCCUCGACGUCUACGCGCACAAUGUGGAGACUGUCGAGCGGCUGCAGGGUGUGGUCCGCGACCGGCGCGCUGGCUACCACCAGUCGCUGACCACGCUCCGCGAGGCCAAGCGGGUGACCCCGGACAUUGUCACCAAGUCCAACAUCAUGCUCGGCGUCGGCGAGACCGAUGCCGAAGUCCAGGCGACCAUGGACGACCUGCUGGAGGCCGGUGUGGAGAUUCUCACCCUCGGCCAGUACCUCCGUCCGACACCGCGCCACAUGAAGGUCGCCGAGUACGUCCAUCCUGACAAGUUCAAGCACUGGCAGGUGACCGGCGAGGCCAUGGGCUUCAAGUACGUCGCCUCGGGUCCCCUCGUCCGCUCCUCUUACCGUGCCGGCGAGUUUGCCAUCAAGGCGCAGAUCAAGAAGAAGCGCGCCGCGGCAGAGUGAUGAUACACUUAAAGCAUGCACAAUUUAUG